UUUUUAAAGAAAUGCAGUAUUUAUUAUUGGCAGACCACGUGACGCUAUUCGGAAGUGACGCGCGGUGCUCAAAAGAGUUCAGCAAAGCAUCUGGGAGCAAAACAUCAGCUAGCCUCGUUUGAUUAAACAGCAGAGGGCCACGGGACGGUCAGACGCGUUACCUUAUUUGUGUGUAGGAAAACACCAUGAAUCCUGUGUACAGCCCUGCGCCAACAGGGGUUCCCUUCGCCAACAGUAAGGGUAUAAGCUACCCAGCUGGAUUCCCCGUUGGCUACGCGGCAGCUGCCCCAGCGUACACCCCCAGCGUCUACGCAGGAGCGAACCCUGCGUUCCCCAGCGGUAAUGUGGAUGUUCUAAUGCAACUCACUGGAGGCUAUGCUCCAGGCACUCCUUUCAAAAUGUCCUGCUCUCCUAACACGGGGACUGUCCCACCAUACUCCACCUCACCCAACCCCUACCAAGCUGCUGUUUACCCUGUCAGGAGCACCUACCCGCAACAGAACCCCUAUGCACAGGCAUUAAUACCAUCACAACAACAAGGGGCUUACUACACACAGCCGCUGUACGCUGCGCCACCCCACGUUAUUCAUCACACGACAGUGGUCCAGCCAAAUGGGAUGCCAGCAGCCAUGUAUGCCCCGCCCAUCCCUCCUCCCCGCCCCAAUGGUGUUGCCAUGGGAAUGGUAGCUGGCACAACUAUGGCCAUGUCAGCUGGAACCCUGCUGACAACCCCAUCACCAGCUCCUGUUGCCCCCCACCCAGUGUCCAUGGCCACUUACCGGCCUCCUGGCACACCCAGCUAUAGCUAUGUUCCCCCUCAGUGGUGAAUAGGGAAUUGUCAGGGGACAGUAGAUAUGCAUUCACUCUCUACUCCAGUGUUUUUUGCUAUUGGCGAAGAGCUGCUCUGUCAGCGUCUGCCGCCAGUUACUCUUCUUCCAGCAUAAUGUGAAUCUAAAACUCAACUACAUAGAAAAAGGCCAAUUCAGAGAGUGGGGGUGAAGAAUAGGCCCAUUCCCACCACCCCCUCUUAAUGGAACAAGGCUGCAUCCUACACCAAUCACCCCCAGCGCCAGCACCUCGACAGCCUGCUGCAUAUCUCACAUAUAAACAGCAAAGCCUCCAUGCAAACUCUUCUUGUGACUGUCAUGCAGGUUUUUAUAGCUUAAAGUCUUACAUGGAGAAAAGGGAGAUUUUUUUUUUUAAACUCGGGAGGACACAUAUGAUGUUGAAUGCAUGUGUAUAUAUAGAUAUAUGAAGUAAUGCUAGCUCAACUUACCUGCUGUGACAGAUGCAAAAUCAAGAAAAGGCACACAUCCAAAGGAACUAAAAAAUAGUAAUAAUCUGCAAUGCUGAAUCACCAGUGACCAUGUCUUAAAUGUGAAAACAAGACAAAAAACAUUUGUACAUGCAAAAACAUACCUGCACAUCCAAGUGCAGACUAACUAACCAGUACUAUUUUCAUUGCUUUGUGUUUUGGUAAGUGACGCUAAGGUUUUGUUGUUUCUGUCAGUGAUGCAGCAUAUGAAUUAGUUCUGUCCAUUCUUUUUGUAUUUUAGGAAAAAGAUGGGUCUUUGGGUUUGUGCCUCAGAGUGACGACAUUCCACCACUCAAUCAUCCAGUGUUUUCAUUUAAAGGUUGUGGAAAUUGACGUGUGUGUGUGUGUGUGUGUGUGUGUGUGUGUGUGUGUGUGUGUGUGUGUGUGUGUGUGUGUGUGUGUGUGUGUGUGUGUGUGUGUGUGUGUGUGUGUGUGUGUGUGUGUGUGUGUGUGUGUGUGUGUGUGUGUGUGUGUGUGUGUGUGUGUGUGUGUGUGUGUGUGUGUGUGUGUGUGUGUGUGUGUGUGUGUGUGUGUGUUGAACGAAAGAGAGAGAGGCAGAGGACUGAAAUUAAAAACAUUAAAGGUGGUGGCAGCACCAUAUUUUAAAUUGUAAACAAGUCUGUCCUUCUUGUAGGCCUAAAGCACUACAUUAUGAUCUAGUUCAUCUCUUAGUGAUUAGCACUACUGAAUAAAGGCACUAACUCAAACCAGUCUACAGAGACACCAGACCCUCUGACAUUGCUUGUUGUUUUACCUCAAGGUUCCAGGCUAACCCGACAGUAUCUCUGUUUGAUACAUGCUUUUCUAUGUUGCCUCAGUCAUCUCAGUUAAAAUUCUGUUUUGUAAUUGUUAUUUUUGUGAUUUUGGUUCCUGUUUUGUAUUCUAAAGAGACCAAAAAUAAAAACAAAUAUAAGAAUAA